GUCAGAAAUCGGUUGGGUCUAGCAGUCAAGCCCUCAGCGUUUCGGGGUUAAAACAGUGACGACAAAAGACUAGUAGAAACUGAAACACUCGACUAGCAAUAAAGAGAAAUUUCCUCAAGAGAUGGAGGAUGAUCACAGUAACGGUGGUGUUUUAGAUACGGUAGGAGCAAGUACAGAGGUGUAUUUAAUGAAGUGUCCAGUGGCGGUGGCUAAGUCAUGGCAGAGUCAUGCUGCUUCUUCUGAUUUUCAACCUGUAGCCAAGUUCAUUGAGUCUAUUGAUCCUCUUCAUCCCGAAGACAGGAAGUUCAAAAUGGAGAUGCUUAGCUCUGAAUCUGUGAACCUUCCAAAAAGAUAUACUUUGAAUAGGGCUAAAGAAAUUGUUCCUAUGUCUAUUUUUUCAGAGACAAAUCAAGGUAGGGUUGCAAUUGAAGGAUUUGUGGAAAAAAAAUUUGACAUGAAGCCUUAUGAAGAAAAUAUUGAGGAAUAUGGCAGAUUGUGCCGUGAAAGGACAAAUAAGUCCAUGAUCAAGAAUAGACAAAUACAGGUGAUUGAUAAUGACCAUGGAGUGCAUAUGAGGCCAAUGCCAGGAAUGGUUGGCCUAAUUUCAUCCACCUCUAAGGAAAAGAAGAAAACAGCACCAGUUAAACAAUCAGACAUGAAAAGAACUAGAAGGGAUCGUGGAGAAUUGGAAGAUAUAAUGUUCAAGCUAUUUGAAAGACAACCAAAUUGGGCUUUAAAGCAGCUUGUCCAAGAGACUGAUCAACCAGCGCAAUUCUUGAAAGAGAUACUGAAUGAGCUGUGUGUUUACAAUAAGAGAGGAACCAACCAGGGAACUUACGAGCUAAAGCCAGAAUAUAAGAAAUCUGUUGAGGAUGCAGGUGCUGAAUAAGUCAAUGUUCUUCUAUAACUUUGAGACUAAGUACACUUUUAUUUAGUUAAUAUUUUUGUUAGAUGGACACAAGCAACGAAUUAACCCUUGAGAAGGGUGUAAUAGUGUAAUGUCAACAAACAAAGCAUUGUAAGCAAAGCAGAGGAGAAAGGGCUAAAGAAGUAUUAAAAGGAUAAAUAAUUCAGAAUUUUCCUUGAGCAAAAAUGAAAAAUCCCA